AUGCUUAAGUCACAAUCUUACAACCCUCCAAUAAGUUUCCGGUCGUCAAACUCUCCACCGUUCCCGCUACAGUCUGCUCAAAUGCAAAAUCAUUAUCAGCUGCAGCAUCAUCUACAACAACAGCAACAACAGCAACAACAACAACAACAACAUUAUCUCACUACUACAUCUGCUUUCCAAGGACCCUCAGUGUCCUAUAACCCGAUCUCCGGUAAUACAAACAAUAGCAUCACAGGAAAUCCAGUUUCUUCUUCUCAACAACAAGCCAUCCCUACAGGCCCUAUUGGAUCUGCCUUUAGCCAAAGCCUAGCUGCAAUCUCAAUCGCCACUUCGCCACCUCACCAACCAAAUAAAAACCUUAAAAUCCCUGGUCUUAACACAGCUGCUUCGAUAUCCUUACCAUCAUCCUCUUCACCUUCUUCUUCAGCAUCUUCUUCUUCUUCUCUAUCAUCCUCCUCUUCUUCAUCCUCUUCUUCGCCACCUUCAAACAGCACAAUAACUCACAGCAGUAUCAUUUCUCAAGGUGGCCCUCAUUCUUCUGCAUCCACCACAAAUAUUGCUACUAAACCAAACUCUUCUUCUGCAUCCAACUCUGCAUCUACAAUGUCUUCUUCAUCUUCAUUUUUCCCAUCUGCUUCUGGAUUCCAGCCUUUUAUUCCAGCCCAAUAUUCUCAGGCUGUUAUUCAAAAUAAUUCUUCUUCUGCAUCUUAUGCUCCAUCAACACUCAAGACUUCUCCAACAUCUAUGCAUAUGUCUGUUUCCCAGCCACCAUCUUAUUAUACAAUGAUAUCGGAUCAGCAUACCCAGCAGCAGCAGCAGCAGCAGCAGCAGCAGCAGCAGCAGCAGCAGCAACAACAACAACAUCAGGCCCAACAGGAUUUGGGCUCUGCAUACCCGUGUUUACGGGUUUUAAAUCUUCCUAGAGACAUUCACGAGCGUGAAUUUGAAGUCAUGUUUACGUUUGCUGAUGAUUUUCUUGGCUCAGAGCUCAAGAAAACCUCUACUAUUGCUGACGAUGGACUUCCUGCAUCUAUCGUUGGAUUUGCUUAUUUCAAAACCGUUUCUGCUGCAUCUAAGGCCUUGACUACUCUUGCCCGCAACUUGCAUCUAUUCACUCCAAAGGAAAUCUUUAUGCGUCCUAACUCUCUUCCUUCGCCACAUUUUGCUCUUAAAAUUGAUUUGCUUCAUAAAAAUAGAAUUACUGAAUCAUCUCUUACUGGUAUGAAUGCUUUUGUUCAACAGCAACAGCAGCAGCAACAGCAACAGCAACAACAACAACUUUCUCAACAAGAUAAUUCAAUGAUUUCAAAUCAGUAUAAACCAGUUUCUAGAUUUGUUUUCACAGGAAACCAGCAACAACAACAACAACAACAUGCACCUCUUUCUGCACCAUUAGACAUUCCUCCUAGCUAUAGUGACAUGUUUGAUGCAUCUGUAAUUGGCGGUACCGGCUUUCCUCCUCCUCCUGCAUCCCCUCGCGGUAUGUUCCCCUUGCAAGCCGAAGAGUAUAAUAUUCCACGCAUGUCUGGCAAGUCUCUUUUGUUGGAAUCUCAAGGCCGCGAGGAUGAGGAGUAUAAUGAUAUUGUCAAGGAUGUGGGCUGGUUCUCACAAGGUUCCUUGGGAAAUCAAAUGUCAUCCCCUAUAGGGUAUAAACAUCAAGCCCCAUCAUCGCCUCCUCAGCAACAACAGGCUAUUGUACCAAAACAACCUUCAGCACAAACUUCUUCUUCUUCUUCUUCUUCUUCAAAUUCGACGUCUUCUCAAGUACAACAACAACAACAACAACAACAACAACUUAAGCAACAGCCCCAACAACAAUCUCAACAGGCAUCUUCUUCAUCUUCAUCUUCAUCUUCAUCCUCGUCAUCAUCAUCUUCUCCUCCUUCUACUAGUACAGCCAUUACUAAGCCUUCUCAGACGGCUUCUUCUCCCACUAAGAGCAAGUCCCAGAUUUCAAGCAAAGCUUCUGGUAGCACUGCAACUGCAACCAAUGGAAAUAGUAGUAACAACGGCAGCACCACUAAUGUAUCUAACCCAAGCAAUAACAAGCAUGGAAAUAACCGCGUUUUAAAUGGCAAUGGAUCAUCAUCCGGAGUCUGGAAUGGCGAUGUUAUUUCUGUUUCUGGGGCCAAUAGUAACAAUACAACUAAUGGCAAAAAGGGUCGCAAUAAUAGCUCUAAUAUUCGCUCAUCAUUUCAAAGCUUAUCUUUAAACUCAGGGGGUACUGGCAAUGUUCCUAGUGGACCCAGUGCUGCUAGCUCAUCAAAUGUUACCAGUAACAACAGCAGUAACAAUAAUGGUAAGAGCAAUGGUGGCUCUGGAAGCCCUCUUGCAGAAGGCCCCAAGGUUGUUGUUGUUCCAUUUGCUCCUGGAACUCCUGGAGGUGCCAAUGCCAUUCACAUUAUGCAAACAGGCAGUCGUGUACUUCCAGCUGCCAAUCCAGCUGAUCAGAAUCCUCCAUGCAAUACACUUUAUGUGGGGAAUCUUCCGCCUGACACCAAUGAGGAAGAGCUUAAAACGCUCUUUUCAACUCGACGGGGUUACAAGCGGUUGUGUUUCCGGACCAAGGCAAAUGGGCCCAUGUGUUUUGUUGAAUUUGACGAUGUGAGUCUGGCAACCCGUGCACUUGAGGAACUGUAUGGACACAUCUUGUCCAAUAGUGUCAAGGGGGGUAUCCGGUUAUCAUUUAGCAAGAACCCCUUGGGGGUACGGUCACCGCCCAGUAAUGGCAAUUCAGCAGCAGUGGGCACAGGUGCGAAUGGUCAACAAGGAGGAGGAUCAUCUUCUGGAGUCACUGGUUCAGGACCUUCAACAUCUGCAGCAGGAGUAGCAGUAGCAGUAGCAUCAUCGUCUUCUUCUUCUUCUUCUUCUGCUACUUCUGUUGGUGGCAAUAAUAGUAAUGGAGUAGCCACUGGAGGUGCAGGAGGAGCUAGUGUUUCUAGCAAUGGUGCGUCUGGUGCAUAUUCUAACAAAGGAUCCCAGCAACCACAGCAAGUUCAAUCGCGCUCUCGUUAA